UACCAGCAGUGCGAUGGAUAAAAAAAAUGUUGAUACAUCUGCGAAGAAACCAUCUUUGUUUGAAAUAUUCAAAGCACAAUUCAGUGAAUCAGACCUAGGACCUAUAAGUCUCAAUUGGUUUGAAGAACUCAGUUCAGAAGCUCCACCUUAUGAUGUGAAAAAAACAGAAGACCCCUUACAUAAAACUAGGGAUCAAAAUACUUUUAAAACCCCAAAGGGGAAAAUGUCUAUAAAUAACCCAUCAGUAUCAACUCCCAUGAUUUUUAAAGACCGGAAUGAAAAUUUAAAGAUGUUUACUUCUCCUAUAGAAGAAUUGGCUCAGUUCAAUGAAGAAACAGGUAAAACUUUCAGUGAAAUGUCUAGACUGAGAACACAAGUGGAUCAAUCAAAUGAAGGAAUGACUCCUCCUAGUUCCUGUGUCUUUGCAAGUCCAGUUGUUUUACAAGAAACAAAAACUAAAUAUGUACUAAGUGAAAGUUUACUACAAACACCCAAGGUUUUUGAGUUUCAGACACAAAAAUGCAUUUCUGAGAGCUUGGGAGCAGAAGCAGAUCCUGAUAUGUCUUGGUCAAGUUCAUUAGCAACACCCCCUACACUUUCUCCAACAGUCAUAAUAGACAGAGGAAAUGAUUCAGUUCCUGGAACAAAGAACCAUAAUGAAAGAAUUGAUACUAUCACAUACGGUCUUUUUUCUAAAUAUGGGAAAAGUCUUAGGAGCAAUAAAAUUAAUAGGCAAUCUUCAUCAGGAAUUGAAACUGAAUAUGCAGUAAUGGACAGCAAAAUCCACAAUCUUGAAAGUUUUUUAAAUGAGCCUUUUGGUAAGAAUGCACUUCCUGGUGAGCUAGGUGGAUACCAAAAGCCAUCAAAUGCACCAAAGGAUGAAGAUAAUCAUGAUGGAACAGACAAUAAUUUUUCUCAAUGUGUUCCCAGCAGUGAAGUUUUUCUUAAAAAAGUAAACUCAGUUGAGAACAAAAAAGCUGUUUUUUAUGAAGAGAAUCAUGAUGAAUUUGAUGGAGAAUAUGAAAUGAUUAAGGCUUCUAAUGAAAGUAGUGUAGCAAAAUGUGAAAGAAAGUUAAAAUCUUCUAAGUGUAACUUGAAUACAAAUGUUCCAGAAAUACAGAAUGCAGUGAACAGAAAGGCGGAUAUGCCAUCAUCUUUGCUUUGUCCGUGGUCUCAGUUGGACUUGUCUGGUCUUGAAAUAACGCAGCUUGAAAAAGAAUCCUUGAAGGGUAUUAGUUCAUCUUUUACCUUAGAGGUCAAAAAAACUUCUCAGGGUAGGACAUCAUCUGUUGAAAAAGAAUGUGCUAAAAUAUUAAAAUCAUGUAUGUUAAACCCAUCAAGUCCAAUACAAGGUAAUAAGAUAAGUUCUCCUGAAAACUCACCAUUGUUGAUCAAGAAUGAUGCAAUAUUGUUGAAACAUGCAGAUGGUGAGCAGUCUUCUUUUGUAAAUUUUCCAGAAAGUAAUUAUUUCUUAAUGAAGAGCAGAACUUUAACAGAAUUCUCAGAAGUCCAAAAUAGUUGCUCUGAUUUCUCAAGGAAUUUUAAAACUCCUUCAGACCAUCCUCUGGGUAAUAUUUCAAGUCAAACUUCUAUUGAUGGCAGACAACUCACAAGGUCAAGCUUGAAAAAUACUAGUUCACUUUCCAGUUUGAGAAGGCGACCCAAAAAAUUCAUUUAUGCUCUAAACAAUUCUCUAGUUUGGGAGGAAGAAGGAACCACACAAAGAGAUGGAUCCCUUACUUCUUUUAUGCCAAUGUUAGAGUCUGGUGUCUCUGAAUUUUCUGAAAUCCCAGUCAAGAAAGAAGGGCAAAUUGAAAAUGCUAAUAAUCAUACUAUAAAAGAAAAAAAGCAAGUAGAUCCUGAAAAAUACUGUGCAUCUGCUAACAUGUUAUAUGAAACUCCAUGUAGUGAAAAGUCAAAUAUUGAACAUAAUGUAACUGAUAAUUCAGCAGUACCUCUAGAAAAUGAUAUGAAGAGAGAGGCCAUAAUGUUGCCUAGUAAUAUUGCUGCUAAUUAUGAAACAGAGUUAACUGAAAAUGGAAUCCAUGAAAUUUGUCAUAGCAAUACUUUGGAUAGAGACAAUGGUAAAAAAUGUACCCAUUUCACAAAACAUAGUUCAUCACAAGAAGCAUUUCUUGAAGAAUGUACAGUGCCAAUGCAAGCAUCAGAAACAGAAAAUAAACAAGUAACCUUGGAAUUAGCUGCACAAUGUUUGGACAGUGAUAUUCACUCAACAAAAGCAUCAAAAUCUAAAAUUAUGGUAUUGGAGAAAGGAAUAGAUACAAAACAGCCUCCAUUAUUAAGUUUAAAAGAAGAUGCACGUGGUAAUAAGCAGAGUUGUUUAGGGUAUGUUUGUCACAGAAAAACCCAGAACUUCAACCAUUUUAGAACUGGAUCUGAUAAACCGAUAGUGCUAUCUGCUGACAAAAUCAGAAGAGGCAAAUUACUGUUCAAAGUUGUAGAAGAUCAACUCCCUGAAGACUUUCAGAAUGAAGGAAAGGGUGCUAUUUCAAGUCAAAAUAAACAGGAAAAUAUUGAGAUUUUUUCAGUUGGACAAAAUGAAAUAAACAAACAUGAAUGUAACUUUUUACAGGUUUCUGAUUCUCUAGUAAACUUUAUUCAUUCAGAUGAUACCAAAAUUGGUUUUCCUGAAUACUGCAAUAAGUCUCUUCAAAACGUGUUUAAAAGUCAGCAACCUGAAGAAAAACAAAAUUUAACAGCAAGCCAAGUAGCUGAAAUUACUGAACUUUCUAAUAUAUUGGAAGAAACAGACAGUCAAUUUGAAUUUACUCAGUUUAGAAAACACAAGACUAUGGUGUACAAUAACACUUCUGAGUCUAAAUGCUUUGAUAAAAUAUAUUUAAAUUCUAAGGUUUGGAAAGAUACAGGAUUUGUGGACAACUUUGAGAAAAAGCAUCCAGGUAAUAAUCGAUCUUCCUAUAAGCAUAUAGAUACUGUGGAAUGUAAGGUUGACAGACAAAGCAAUGAGGAGAUUAUAUUGCUGAAAUCAAACAGAAAAGAAAAUUUUGUCCCAGUUAUUUCAGAUCCCUUACACCCUGAUCUGGGGAAUCAUAGUUCAGCUAAGAACAAAGAUGAGGUUACGAGCAAAGGUGCAGAAUUAGGCAGCAGUAUGAAUGGAAUGGGUGACAUAUUAAACUCUUACAAAAUAAGUGAUGGUUCAAACAAAUGCAGUAGUUGGCAUAUGCCUAUGAAAGAAAUAGAUAUUGACUGGCCUCAGAAAGCCAUAAAAGGAAAUGCUGGAUAUAUAAUGCAAGGUAGCACAAAAGAUACAGUGGCUUUUGUGAAAGAAGAUACAGAAGAGAAGACAAAAGAUGUAGACUGCCAUAAAGAUAGUGUUGUCCAGAUUACUAGCACCACAGAAGUUAACUUGAAAAUUAUUCAAAAAUAUUCUGUACACAUAUCAGAAAAUGAAUUGUCAUCCACUAAAAAUCAAAAUGUUUUAGCUGUACAUCAUUUUGUAAAUUGUGGAAAAACUCAGUGUAACAAUGAUUGCCCAGAAACUUUGUCUGAUCUAACAUGUUUAGCUGAAGUUGCUAAAACUGAAAAAAAUACUACUUUGAAUGAUGCAGGUGGAAAAGAAAGCUUUAUUUCAGAACAAGAGGAAAAAAUAAAUCCAGAGAAUAUUUAUUUUCUACAGAGCAUUCACACUGGUGCUGAUGGGAACAUAUUUGCAGAAAAAAGUAAGAAACUUAAUUUGUUGAUAGGCUCCGAUAUACAGGAAGAGGUAAACAGUAUGUCAUACUGUAGAGGGAAGAAAGGUGCUAGACAUAAAGAAGCUACCACUUCUGUGAAAAAGAGUACAGAAUUAAAUCAAACUGAAAUCUUUCUUGGAUGUAACCUUGAGAAUAUCACUGAAAACAGGGACAAGCAAACUAGUGGUUUUCAUACAGCUAGUGGUAAGCAAAUUACAUUUACUGACAAAUCUUUACUUAAAGCAAGGCAACUUCUUUCAGAAGAAGCUCUCUUUUUUGGAAAUAUGAACAAUAUGAGUAAUCUUAUAAAACCUAGUGUUAAAGAUUCUGUUAAAAAUUUUAAUUUUGGAAAAGGAGCUGAAAAAUGUAGAGAAGCCAGACAUUCUAAUGAUAAUUUUGAAGAUUCUUUGGAUGUGCUGUCAAACACAGUUGAACAUGGUGAAAAUAUUUUCUCCAAAAGUAUUUUUGGGGAAACAUGUAAAAAUGAAAAUUGGAUGACGUCAAAAUGUGACUUACAUUUACUGGAUACAAGCACCUUACAGAAAUAUUCAGCUAAUGAAGAGAAAGCCUCAACUUCAAAACCAUUGAAAGCUAGACCAAUUACAUUCAGUUUCAAAACAGCAGGUGGUAAAACUGUUAAAGUUUCUCAGGAAGCAUUUAAAAAUGUUCAACAAUUUCUUCAUAAUAACUGCAGUAAUUUGGAAUCUCACCCUGAAACAAAUAAAGGUAAUAGUUUAGGAAGUUCUUCUGAUGCUUUUGGCCGUACAGACUAUAUUACUUCUAGUUACUUGAAUGUAGAGAAGAUUCCGGUGGGGUAUUCAGGUGUAUCCCAGUUUCCUAUAACCAAAGAAUUAUGUAAAACUGCCCAAACGUUACCAUGUGCUGUACCUAUGUUAGUGGACACUGUUUCUGAAUCAAAUUGUGAAACUUCAGAUGAAUGUUUUGAAACAGUAAAGUGUUCUAAUACCUGGUUUUCCACCAAAUGGAACUGCAGAUCAGAUGCUUCUACCAAUAAAUGUAUGUUUUUUAGCACAGCAAGUGGUAAGCCUGUUCAGUUAUCUGAAGAAUCACUGAAGAAAGCAAGACUACUUUUUUCUGAAAUUGAAACUGAUUCAUCAGGUCAGAAGAAUUUUGUCUCAGAUUACAGUUACCCCUGUAAUGAAAUACGUUCAGUGAAGAACAUAAAUGCAUCUGAGUCAGGUUUUAAUGCGGAAAAUAAUUUCAACGUAUCUGGGGAAACCUGUAAGAAUGAAAAUUGGAUGACACCAAAAUGUGGCUUGCAUUUAUUGGAUAUUAGCCCCUUAGAGAAAUCCUCAACUAAUGAAGAAAACAUCUCAACUUCAAAACAUUUGAAAGCUAGACCAGCUGCAUUCAGUUUCAAAACAGCAGGUGGUAAAACUGUUAAAGUUUCUCAGGAAGCAAUAAAAAAUGCCCAGCAGUUUCUUCAUAAAAACUACAGGAACUUAGAAUCUCAGUCUGAAACAAAUAGAGGUAAUACCAUUGGAAGUUCUGAUGCUUUUGAUAGUAGUGACUGUAUUAGUUCUAGCUACCUGAAUGUAGAGAAGGUUCCAACAGAAUAUUCAGGUGUAUCCCAGUUUCCUGUAACCAAAGAAUUCUGUGAAAGCGCCCAAAUAUUACCAUGUGCUGUACCCAAAUCAAUGAAAACUCUGUCUGAAUUAAAUUGUAAAAUUUCAGAUGGCUUUUUUGAAAUGCACAUGUGUUCUGAUACCCGGACUUCCAACAAAGAGAACUGCAAAUCAGACUUUUCUACGGACAACUGUGGGUUUUUUAAGACAGCAAGCGGUAAGCCUGUUCAGUUAGCUAAAGAAUCACUAAAGAAAGCAAGCCUACUUUUUUCUGAAAUUGAAUCUGAUUUGUCAGGUUAUCAGAGUUUUGUCCCGGAUUGCAGUUACAAUUAUAACACAGUAAAUUCUGUCAGGAAAAAAGUAUCUCCCAGAGAAAACAGACUACUCAUUUCCCAAAAGGGAAAAAAUCCAAAAAUAGGAGUAUAUUCAAGCAUUCCUUGUGAUUUUAACACAGCAUGUGGAAAGCAACUACAGAUUUCUCAGAAGGCUCUCCAAAAUGUUAUGGGACUUUUAGAAGAAUUUGAUGAUAUCAGUGCAAAUGAUUUCUUUGUUGAUGAAAGUUUAAAGCAAGUUCAUAACUCUCCAAUAAAAACUCCUGUUACAAAAAUUAAACAGGAUCAUGAAGCUAAUUCAUCAUCUAAACCAGAGGAGAAAUGUAAAACCAGAAAGAAUUUGAAUGAAAACAAGACUUCUAAAACACUGAAUAUUGAAAUACCUAUGUGCAUCGGUUAUACUGAGAAAUACAAGCGACCAGCAGAAUUCAUAAGAAGCUUUUCAUGUUCAAAAGAAGUAAUUGAACCUUUGAAGAUGACCCAAACCAGAAUCAAUACUAAAUAUGCAACAGAAGGAAAUCUGGACUUUCUUUGUCCUGUUUAUUCCCAAACUCCAGACAAUUACUCAGAAGUAGAAGCCUCAGAAAGUGCAAAAGCUUUCAUGGAAGAUGAUGAUUUCACAGAUUCAGAAGUACAAAAAUGUAUUCAAAAAUCCACCCUGAGUUCUGCGAAAGCUAAUAAUUAUCUAUUAUGUACAAGAAGUGGGAAAAGACAUAUGGAAAAAGAAAAUACAUUUGGAGAACCUCCUAUUAAAAGAAAGCUGCUGCCCGAAUUUGAUCAAUCAGAAAAAUCCAGUAGAUCAUUGUUCAAAUCUUCAAGAAGCUCUCCAUAUGGUACAAUGAAUGACAGAAAAACAUUCAACAAGAUCUCUUUAAAACCAGCAAUCUGUGGCUCAUUUAGUUCUACAAAUGAACGACAAGAAAUACUAAAUCCAAAUCUUAGUAUUCCAGACCAAGUUAUGAAAGGAUCUAAAUCUGGUGGUUCUUCAGAGCAGUCUUCAGUUAGAUCAUUGGCUCAGUUUGGAAAGAUCUUAACUGAGGAAAACAAGAAAACAAAAAAUUAUCAUUCAGCAAAAAAAACUACCAAGAUCUUUGUGCCACCUUUCAAAAUAAAAUCAAGACCUUCAGAAGGUGAUAUAAGCAAUGUCAAAGAACAUCCCUCAUUCAGUCGCAAAAGUAUCAACAGAAUGGAAGAAUAUAAUGCAACAGAAAUUGACAAAAGCAUCAUUGAAUUAGAAAAAGAUAAUUGUGCACAAAUAUCAGCUUUGGAUUCAGAAGGUAGUAAAAUAGAUCAAGACAUAACAAAAAUGAUAACAUAUCUUCAGUAUGCCAGAAAUCUACGACAAAUGAGAAUUACAAAGAAACAAGAUCAAAUAAUUCAUCCACAGCCAGGCCGCCUGCACCUUGUAAAAAUGUCUUCUGGUCCUUGCAGAACACCUUUAAAAAUUGCAGUCAAAGAGAAAUUGCCUGACUUUUAUUCCAGUGAACAGUUGUAUGCUUUUGGCGUUUCCAAGCAGUGCAUAAAAAUUAGUAGCACGAAUGCAGAAGAUUUUCAAUUUCUCAUCCAGGAUUUUUUCGGUAGAAAAUAUUUUCUAGAAAACCAUGAAAUACAAUUGGCUGAUGGAGGAUAUAUCAUUCCUAAUGAUGAGGGAAAGGCAGGAAAAGAAGAAUUCUAUUGGGCUUUGUGUGACACACCUGGUGUAGAUCCCAAUCUAAUUUCAAAAGCCUGGGUGCAUAACCAUUAUAAGUGGAUUGUAUGGAAAUUGGCAGCUAUGGAGGUUGCAUUUCCACAAGAGUUUGCCAGUAAAUGUUUGACACCAGAAGAAGUACUACUUCAGCUAAAGUACAGGUAUGAUCUAGAAGUGGAUAAAUGUCAACGAUCAGCCAUCAAAAGAAUAACAGAAAGAGAUGAUGUUGCUGGAAAAACAAUCAUACUGUGCAUUUCUAAAAUUAUAUCAUUUAGCACAAAUGUGCCUCACAUUGCUGACACUAAAAGCACCACUGAGGACAACAAAAAAGAAGUGGCAGUCAUUGAAGUUACAGAUGGUUGGUAUGGAAUUAGGGCUGUCUUGGAUCGUCCUCUUCAGUCACUGUUGUAUAGACAGAAGCUGACUGUUGGCCAGAAGAUUGUUGUACAUGGAGCAGAACUUGUAGGAUCUCAGGAUGCAUGCACUCCUUUAGAAGCACCAGAAUCUCUGAUGCUAAAGAUUACAGCUAACAGUACUCGACGUGCUCGAUGGUAUGCCAAAUUAGGAUAUUAUCGGGAUCCUCGGCCAUUCUCUUUGCCUUUAUGCUCAUUGUUUAGUGAUGGUGGGACUGUUGGUUGCAUUGAUAUCAUUGUUCAAAGAAUUUACCCUAUACAGUGGAUGGAAAAAGUAUCAACAGGGUCCUGUGUGUUUCGUAACAAUCGAGCAGAAGAAAGAGAAGCUGCAAAAUUUGCUGAAAAUCGACAAAAAACCUUAGAAGCAUUGCUGGCAAAAAUACAAGCUAAAUUUGAAACGAAUAAUGAUAAAGGCAAAAGAAUACUGCGAUCUCAUACAUUAACAAGGCAACAGAUACGUGGUCUACAAGAUGGUGCAGAGCUUUAUGAAGCAAUUAUUAAUUCUGCUGAUCCAUCUUAUAUGGAGGGCUUUUUCAGUGAACAGCAGUUAAAAGCCUUGAAUAGUCACAGACAGAUGGUCAGUGAUAAAAAGCAAGCACAGAUAGAAGCAGAAUUCAGGAAGGCUGUUGAAUCUGCUGAGCAAGAGAAAAAUAGCUCCUGCCGAAGGGAUGUAUCCACCAUAAUCAAACUACGAAUUGUAGAUUAUGGAACAGAAGAAAGCACAAAAGAAGUUAUACUGAACAUCUGGCGUCCAUCCUCACACGUCUGUAGCCUCUUAAAAGAAGGUCGUCGAUAUAGAAUUUUACAGUUAUCUGCAUCUCACUCCAAAGGCAAGUUGAAGACCGCCAGUCUACAGUUAACAGCUACCAAGAAAACACAGUAUCUACAACCGCCAGUUUCUCAAGAGAGCUUAUUACAAGUUUACCAACCAAGGGAAUGUCUGGUGUAUGGCAAGCUGCUGGAGCCCUCCUUCCGACCAGCUUGUUCUGAGGUGGAUCUGGUGGGAUAUAUAGUUUGUUUCACAAAAAGAACAGGUUUUUCUACAUUGGUAUACCUGUCAGAUAAACAUCAUAAUAUAAUAGCAGUCCAGAUCUAUACAGAUCUCAAGCAGCUUGCUAUUGAAGAUAUAAUCAUUCCUUCUGCAUUGAUCUCUGCAACCAAUCUUCAGUGGCGACCUGAUUUCAAAUCAGACAUCCCCACCCUAUUUGCUGGAGAACUUUCUGAAUUCUCCUCAAACCCAAAGGAAAACCAUCUCCAAGAAAUAUUUAAAGAACUUAAAAAUACCGUUGAGAAUGACAGCUGCUUUAGCAAAGAUGCACAAUACAAAGUCAUGAAUUUGCUAAAAUCAGAUCACUUACAAUUACUUAAUUUGUCCCGAGAACGUGGCUUGGAUCCUUUUUCUUCUCUCUGGAAAUCUGAUGCAGGAAAUAAGCAAGCAAUCACAACUCCCAACAGGGAACUAAAUCCUCAAAGUCCUCUGACCGUUGGAAAAUCAGGCACAAAGCCAUCAUUUACUCUUGGAUCUGCAAAAGUGACACCGGACUAUCAAGAAACUCCAGAGAACUAUAAGAAAAGAAAAGCAAUGGACCUGCUCAGUCAAGUACCUUCCCCUCCACCCGUGAAACCAAUCUGUACAUUUAUUUCACCAUCUCUAAAAAAAGCCUUUCAGCCCCCUCGAAGCUCCCGUCCCCAGAGUGAAAUAUCAACGAAAAGAACAGAAAGCAGCAUUCACAAACCUCCCCCAAUGAAGCUGAACAGGUCUGGUUUUGCUCCUGAAAGCCAUUUCGUUGCGGAUGAGGAGCUUGCAAUGAUAAAUACACAAACCCUCCUAAGUAAUUUUCCGGGAGAGAAAGGAAUGGGAUCUACGGGUGAGACUGAUCCCUCUGUCCAGUCCACCAGUAGAAAAGCCAUGCAUCAGGAUAACACUAAGGGAAAUGAAUAUCCUGCAAAGGAAAAACAGAACUAACCGUUCAUUAGCUGCAUAGGGAAA